AUGGCCCCAAAAUCAGGGGGGGGGAUUUUUGAGAGUCCCCUCCCCCACCCAGGGCUGACCCCCCUGCACGUGGCCGUGGCCUCGGGGUCCCGCGAGAGCGUCCUGGUGCUGCUGGAGCACGGGGCCGACGUGGACGCCGUGGACAUCAAGAGCGGGCGCUCGGCGCUCCUGCACGCGGUGGAGAACGACGACCUGGAAAUGGCCGAGCUCCUGCUGCAGCGCGGCGCCUCCGUGAACGCUCAGUCCUACGCCGGCUGCACGGCGCUGCACGCGGCCGCGGGCCGGGGGCUGCUGCGGCUGCUGCGGCUCCUGCUGCGCUGCGGGGCCGACUGCGGCCUGCGCAACCUGCACAACGACACGGCCGCGGGCGUGGCCGCCAGCGCCCAGGUGAUCGACAUCCUGCGGGGAAAAGCCUCGAGACCCCCCCAGGACCCCCCAAAAUCCCCCCGGGACCCCCCCCACGGCCGCGCCUCUGAUUCCACGCCUACUUCCGGGUCUGCCGCCAAUAGCGCUCAAGGGGAGGGGCCUACGAAACAACCAAUGGGAGCGCAGGGAAGUACCGCCCAUCAACAGAGCACGGACCAAUCAGAGGCGGCGCUGGGGAGGCUCCGCCCCCUCGCCCCUAAGAGGCUCCGCCCACGCGAGGGGCGGGGCCAGAGCAGCAUUAAUGGCGCGCCGCCAGGGGGCGCCAACGCGGGACCGGCGUGAGGGGAAAUAAAAGAAUAAAAG